CGCUGUCAGCAAAAAUAAGCGCGCGGCGUGUUUUUACAGCCCAAACACAAGAUUUCGAGGAACCUUACCAAAAGUGUUAAUUGUUUAAUUUGUCUAGAGCACAACAGCUGCCAUGGGAAUUUUGGGCUUAUCAAAGCUUAUAGCCGAUUUGGCUCCACAGGCCAUUCGCGAAAGUGAAAUCAAAAACUUUUUUGGUCGCAAGGUGGCAAUUGAUGCCAGUAUGUGCCUGUAUCAGUUUCUGAUCGCUGUGCGAUCCGAAGGGGCGCAACUGGCCACCGUAAACGGGGAUCCCACAUCCCACUUGAUGGGAAUGUUCUACCGGACAAUCCGGCUGUUGGAUAAUGGAAUCAAGCCCGUGUAUGUUUUUGAUGGAAAACCACCAGAUCUAAAGUCCGGCGAGCUGGCCAAGCGAGCUGAACGCCGGGAGGAAGCCGAAAAGGCCCUAAAAGCAGCCACUGAGGCUGGCGAUGAUGCUGAGAUUGAAAAGUUCAAUCGACGAUUGGUGCGCGUGACCAAGGAACACGCCCGCGAAGCCAAGGAGCUGCUCAAACUUAUGGGCGUGCCGUAUGUGGAGGCUCCUUGCGAGGCAGAGGCGCAGUGUGCGGCUUUGGUAAAAGCUGGAAAAGUAUAUGCCACAGCUACGGAGGACAUGGAUGCCCUUACGUUUGGAUCCACGAAACUGUUGAGAUAUCUCACAUAUAGCGAAGCGCGCAAGAUGCCCGUCAAGGAGUUUAGCUACGAGAAGCUCCUCGAGGGUCUGGGCGUCAACAAUAGGGAGUUCAUCGAUCUGUGCAUCCUGCUUGGCUGCGAUUACUGCGAAAGCAUCAAAGGAAUCGGCCCGAAGCGAGCCAUUGAACUGAUAAACAACUACCGGGACAUAGAAACGAUCCUCGACAACCUCGAUACAAGUAAGUAUACGGUUCCGGAAAACUGGAACUACAAGAUAGCCAGGGAACUGUUCAUUGAGCCGGAGGUGGCCAAUGCGGAGUCCAUCGAACUCAAGUGGACGGAGCCCGACGAGGAGGGCCUGGUGAAGUUCCUCUGCGGCGACAGGCAGUUCAACGAGGAUCGAGUACGCAGCGGCGCCAAGAAACUCCUGAAAUCGAAGCAGUCUCAGACCCAGGUGCGUUUAGAUAGCUUUUUCAAAACCCUACCCAGUACUCCCAAUGCCACGAACGCCGCCAAGCGAAAGGCCGAAGAGGCCAAGAAGAGUGCCAACAAUAAAAAGGCCAAGACCAGCGGUGGUGGCGGCGGGCGUGGCCGGAGACCAAAAUAAAGUUUUCUGGAAAAAACAUACAACUUUUUAAUAUUUAUCCUAUGCGUAUUAAAAGCCUAUUUCUACAAUUAAAAUUACAUCUUUGAGCUUAA